UCCUUUUGGUCUACACAACAUGGCUUGUGGUGGUUAUUGAAAGUUAUAGUGUUAUCUUCUAGCAACAAGUGUCAAUCAAUAUUUUGUCAUAUGACUUUGCAUAUUGGUUAAUUUCAUUAACCAGAUAAUUUUCCCUAUGAGUUUUAUUGUGUGUGUUGACUUCAUUUUUUAAAUAAUUGAUAGGAGCAGGUGAGAUGACAUACUUGUCAAUAAUCAGUGAAAAGAUGAAUGAAUGAAUUAUUACUGGAAUUUUGCUAUCCUCAACAAUGAGCGGAUAUUUUUUCUCUUGAAUUUGAAUAAUAAUGAGGAGUACAAUAUGAAGGAGAUGGUAGGAGGCUGCUGUGUGUGCUCAGACGAGCGAGGUUGGCCCGACAACCCGCUGGUCUACUGUGAUGGCAAUGGAUGCACUGUUGCAGUACAUCAAGCAUGUUACGGGAUAGUGACUGUACCAACUGGUCCUUGGUUCUGCAGAAAAUGUGAGAGCCCCGAAUUCAAGGGGAAAGUUCGAUGUGAACUAUGCCCAUCAAAGUCCGGUGCUCUUAAGCGGACUGAUACAGGGGGGUGGGCACAUGUUGUCUGUGCCCUUUAUAUACCCGAAGUCAGGUUCGGGAAUGUCACAUCUAUGGAACCAAUUGUAUUACGACUAAUACCACCAGAAAGAUACAACAAGACAUGCUAUAUUUGCCAAGAUUUAGGCAAAUCGCAUCGGGCAAAUGCAGGUGCCUGCAUGCAGUGCAAUAAAUCAGGAUGCAAACAACAAUUCCAUGUGACGUGCGCUCAAAGUCUCGGCCUGUUGUGCGAAGAGGCCGGCAAUUAUCUGGACAAUGUUAAAUACUGCGGCUAUUGCCAACAUCAUUACAGUAAACUUAAAAAGGGCGGUAACGUGAAGACCAUCCCUCCUUACAAGCCGGUAUCGCACGAAAGCCAUUCGAGCGACUCAAGUGAGAAAGAAGGCGAAGCUUCUCCCAUGGCUAGCGGCAGCGGAACACCAACACACCCAGCUAAAGCUAAAGGGUCGCGCAAGUCUUCUCACAACAGCAGUGUCAUAUCUGGAAAAAAUACACCGAACGCUUCAAAAACACCCACAAAUUCGGGACAACAGAUGGAGUCCGGCCCGGAGCCGAUGGAACAAGCUCCAUCAUCACGGAAACACAAGUCGGCUGACAAACACGCAGAUUCCGGUCAGGAAGGGGAACAACAGACUUCGUCGCGGAAACACAAAUCGGCAGAUAAACAAGCAGAUUCCGGUCAGGAAGGGGAACAACCGACGUCGUCGCGGAAACACAAAUCGGGAGACAAACGUGGAAAAUCCCAUAAAUCGGUAGACAAAAAGAAACCAUCACCAUCUCGUCGGGGAUCAUCAACUGGAGACACUACUGGUAGUGGUAGCAAAAACAGCACCCCAGCGCCCUCUCCGCAACACUCUGCUCCGGAACAAACACCCCCACCACCUGUUAAAGUGUCACCGGCAUCUAACACCGCACACAACAUACCGAUCAAUACUGCGAAGAUACCACUGCCGGCAUCCCCACCUACUGUCAAGCCUGCAGAAUCUGCAGCCGUUGUUAAUUCUACAGCCGCACCUACGCCGACUGUGUCCUCUACUACCGUAACUACUACAAAUACCACGCCCGUGUGCCUAUCAAUGGUGCCCUUGCCUCCAUCGAAAGGCCCGACGUAUCAAGACAGCGUUAUUACCAACAUGGAUAAUGUAGAAACCAAGCAGACAAAGAAGAGGAAGGCACUCUCAGCGGCGAGUACACCGACAAGACCUGUCGAUUACGCAGCGACACCUCCUCAUUCCGCGCCUAGUGAUAUGAGUGCUCCAAACAGCACACCAGUCUGGGAAGGUGCUCAUCCCACAACUGAUGUACAGAUGGAUUCUGUUGACAAAGUCGUCAAAAAGGCAAAGACUGAGGAACCUCCACCAGUGUCUCAUUUCCCGAACUUGAGUCCCGCGCCUCCGCCGCCGCCGCCACCCCCAGCUCACAGUCCGGCACUUAUGCCCAGCCCAAGACAUCUUCCCAGUCCUAAGCCAGGACCUAGCGGAAUAAAUAGCGUAACCAACAUGAGGUCCCCAUCACAACUACAGGGCGGGAAGUCCGAGCGGGACACGGCCACAUCUCUGCUUGUGUCGGUGCCCUUGCCGUCUGCCAGCCAAGGCCUCAACCUCACCGCGCACUCACAGGGUCCGAUCUCGAUCGCGCACACAACGGCAUACCAUGAGUAUCAUCUGCUAACAAUGCCACUAUCCGAGUUGCCCGGCCCUUCUUCGCAUGUGUUCCAUCAACCCCCAAAACAGGCUGCUAUGGACCCAGGUGUUCCCAGCCACUCGCCUCAUGCUUUACCUGGUAGAUCAACUUGGGGCGGUCUAAAUGUCUCCUACGAAAUGCAGCAGGAUAUCAGCAAACCUGGAGUGAGCGGUGUAGCGGGAACAAGCAAGGAUUCAAUUGCUCCAGCCAUGAGUCCGGUACCGGGGGCCAUUAGGAACAAGAAACGCACCGCGGUGUCAUCUACCCUCGUCUCCAUGUCGACUGUACCACCUCCAACUCCAUUGCAAUCGCCCUCGGCACAUAACCUCGCGAACAUCCGUAGGCCGCCCCAGGCUACACCGCCGCCAAUGUACCAAGAUAUUAAAGAUUCUCCGCCAAGUUCACCCAAUUCGGAACGCCCGUUGAAACCUAAAAUAGAACAUAAUGUGUACAGUCGAAUUGGUGCGAACUGUACCGCGCCUCACAUGUUGGGUAACGAACUGAACCCGGAGAGUGGUGCGGCGGCGCGCCUGCAGGAGCAGCUCAGCGCUGAGCUGGCAGCGCACGCGGCCGGCGGUAUCGGGGUUGAACCCCUAGUACCCCCACCACUCAUCAACAGAGCCGCCCCGGGUGUUAGUGGUUUGAGCGGACGUGGGGCGACAUCAAGUGCUCAAAGUUUGGACCAGUUGUUGGAAAGGCAAUGGGAACAAGGCUCACAGUUUCUUAUGGAACAGGCUCAACAUUUUGAUAUAGCUUCAUUGCUGUCGUGCCUGCAUCAGCUCAGAACGGAGAAUGUUCGCCUUGAAGAACAUGUGGGAAGCCUGCUGCAAAGGCGGGACCAUUUGCUGGCAGUUAAUGCCAGACUUGCAAUUCCCCUCACUGCUGUGGCGGCAGGUCCUCCAGAACCGAGUCGAUGUAUGCGUGAUGUAGCACAACUACGAGCUACACCCGGCCCCGUCCGACCCAACGAAACUAUCACCUCGGAGCGUUCGCAUCAGCUGAUAAUGCGCGAGGUGCAGCAGCAGAAGCCCAGCUGAAACCAGGAGAGUGGCGGCGCGGCCGAUCCUAACGCGCUGCGGAACGUACAAACGUACAUAUACCUCGAGCAGCGCCGCCGCCCUGACUUCUCCAUCGACUCUAUACUUAAUUACGAUCACUAGAUCUACGUCUCUAUCAAUAUUUACCAUCAAAAAGUAAUCGAUGUUGAAAGAAACUUUAAGAACGCGAUCAACUUGUGUUUGUGUAGUUUUAUAUUAGGUUAACGAUAUAUUACUGUGAGUUUGGACUGCAGUGACACUUGCAUUAAAACAUCCUUCACAUUCUCUUUGCAAAAAUAGAGAUCAAGAUGAAGUGUCACGACAGUCUAGACCCAAUGUUAGAUUGUCAAUGGUAUCCUAAAUUACCAACUUAUGCACUAUUACUACUGGGAUACUAUUGAUGAUUUAUUAUGUAAUAAUAAAUCGUAAAUUGUCGUCAAAAAAGUCAAAAAGUAUAUUUGACGACCAUAAAUGACUUACUCAAUAAGUUAUAGUCUAAGAGCCAGUGGAAGAUCGUCCAUUACCCAUUUGAAAGACAGAU